AUGAAUGAAAUUCUGUGUGUUGGCCCUGAAAGGAACUUGGAGAAGCUUUUAUUAUGUUUCCUGGUCCUCAAUAGUCUCCUCAGUGCUUUUUUGCAGACAGACAUGUACAGAAAGGCCUUUGUGUUCCUUAAAGAGUCAAACAAUUCCUUUGUGACCCUGAUCACACAGCUAAACAAGCCACACAAGGCCUUCACUGUGAGUCUGAAAAUCUACACCGACCUGAUUGACUAUUCCCUCUUCUCUUAUGCCACAAAGACACAAUUUAAUGAGCGCCUCCUCUUCCAGGGAAAGGCUGGGGCAUACAGUGUAUCUGUGGGUGGAGCUGACAUGUUUUUCAAGCCUCCCACAAGUUCUUUUGAAUCACAGCUCUGUGUGAUCUGGGAGCCCACCUCGGGGAUUACAGAGCUCUGUGAUGGGAAGCCCAUAGUGAGGAGGAAUCUAAAGAAGGGAUACUCUCUGGGGACAGGGGCAAACGUCAUCCUGGGGCAGGAGCAGGAUUCAUUCCCUGGGGGCUUUGGAAACCACUCUUCGAUGGGAGACAUUAGAGAUGUGAACAUGUGGGACUUAGUGCUGUCACCAGAUGAGGUUGGCACUAUCUGUGCUGGUGGGAGCUUCAGUAUUAACAUCCUGGACUAG